AUGUCUAUUAUGAUGAAUGACAACUUCUUUGUAUGGAAUUGUAGGGGUGCUGCUAGUACUGCCUUUUACCGUAAUUGUAAACAAUAUGUUGAUAAGUAUAAACCUGUUUUGAUCGUCAUAAUGGAAACAAGGACCAGCCCUCUCAACUUAAGGAGGUCUUUUGAAUUGUUAGGUUAUGAUGGUUAUCAAUAUGCUAAUAAUAAUGGCUUCGCUGGAGGCAUUAUUGUAUCAUGGAAAGAGAGACUAUUAGAUGUGGAAGUAAUUGUUAAUCACUUUCAAUUCCUUCAUCUGAAAGUGAUUUUACAGAACAAGAAAUGUUUUUUCUUCUCGCCGGUUUAUGCAAGUCCUAGGGAGGAGGGGAGGCAUGAAUUAUGGAGAGAAUUAAAAACUAUUUCAAGAGGUAUGGUGGGAGAAUGGCUACUAGCGGGGGAUUUCAAUGAUAUAGCUAAUCCUUCAGAGAAAAAAGGGGGCUUACCCGCGCAACAGAGAAAAUGUGACAAAUUUGUAGAUAGAAUAAAUGAUUGUAAUUUGAUUGAUUGUGGAGCUACCGGUCCGAAGUUUACAUGGCGUGGUCCAGUUUUUCAAAAUAAAGAUAGAAUUUUUGAAAGAUUAGAUCGUGCCUUCUCAAACGAUGAGUGGAGGUUGGGUUUCCCGAAUGCAGUGGUUAAAGUGUUGCCAAGAGUUAAUUUCUCAGACCAUCAUCCAUUGUUAAUUGCGCUUUACGGUUUUGAUCAUGUACAUAGACCAAGAUAUUUUAAAUUUGAGAGUGCUUGGCUCUUAGAGGAGAGUUAUAUGGGAAUGCUAGAAGCUUGCUGGAGUGGACCAGUUAGUAUCAAAGAAAGGUUGAGUCAGCUAGCACAUGGAAUUAAGGAAUGGAAUGACAUCACUGUUGAAAGAGUUAUGAAACAGAAAAGAAAAUUAUUGGGCCGGAUCGGAGGCAUUCAACGGAAGUUACAGACGGAGAGGAGAAAUAGAUUUCUUAUUCGGUUAGAAAAAGAUCUUCAAGAUGAAUUGGCUCACAUCCUAAAAUCGGAAGAACUUAUGUGGUUUCAGCGAUCUAGAGCAAACUGGUUGGUUGACGGAGAUAGGAAUACUCGUUAUUAUCAUCUUAAAGCAAUCACUAGAAGGAGAUAUAAUAAAGUAAAUAUGCUUCGCGAUAUGCAUGGUAAUUGGGUCGAAGAUGUAGAGGCGCUGAAACAAAUGGCUAAUAACUAUUACAAAGCUUUAUUCGCUGAUGAGGGGAAUGCUUUGAAUUGGUAUCAAACUAAAAUUACUUUUCCUCAAUUGAAUGACGAAGAUUUACAAAUGAUUCGUGGUGACAUUACCAAUGAAGAAGUGAAGAGAGCUGUUUUCAAUAUGAGUCCGUGGAAAGCUCCGGGACCUGACGGUUUUCCUGCAGGUUUCUAUCAGAAGUCUUGGAAGAUAGUGGGGCAAAGUGUGUGUGAUUUUGUCAAGCAGGUGUGGUCGAAUCCUCUCUGUGUGCGGGAUGUUAAUUACACUGAUAUAUGUUUAAUCCCGAAGGUCGAUCAGCCAGAGUCCAUCCAGCAGUUUAGACCCAUAUCUUUGUGUAACACUUUAUACAAAAUAGUGAGUAAAGUUAUGACUAAUAGAAUAAAAGAUACUAUUACAACAGUGGUGUCCCCUCAUCAGACAGGUUUUAUUCCUGGAAGGAGUAUUCAUGAGAAUAUCGUUGUCGCUCAGGAGAUGGCUCACAGCAUGCGCAAGUUAAAUGGAAAGGUGGGGUAUUUUGCUAUCAAAGUAGAUUUGUCCAAAGCUUAUGACCGCCUCAAUUGGAAUUUCAUUCAUCAGACUCUUACUGAGGUGGGAUACCCUUUGGAGUGGAUCAAUGUAGUCAUGACCUCGGUUACUAGCGUCCGUACGAAUGUCAAAUGGAAUGGUGUUAGAGCGGAGUACUUUCAACCGCAACAAGGUAUCAGGCAGGGUGAUCCUAUAUCGCCUUAUCUUUUUGUUAUUUGCAUGGAUAAACUGUCGCAUUUGAUUACGCAAGGAGUUCAGGAGGGAGAGUGGAAGCCUAUGAGGGCGGGUAAAAAUGGUCCCUUUAUUUCGCAUCUUAUGUUUGCGGAUGACUUACUUCUUUUUGUGGAGGCUACUUCCACACAAAUGAAUGUUGUUCUAAGAAUUCUUGGUCAGUUCUGCCAAUUAUCAGGUCAACAAGUCUCUCAUGAGAAAACUAGCAUCAUGUUCUCAAAAAAUGUUGGCCAUCAAGUUAGAGAGGAGUUACUACUAUUAUCUGGCUUCAAUGUAACCCCUUCUUUGGGGAAAUAUUUAGGAGUUCCUCUUGUGGGGAGAGCUCCAAGGAGAUCAGACUAUAACUACUUGUUAGAUCAGGUAAAGAGCAAGUUAUCGGCAUGGAAAGCAAAACAAUUGUCUUUCGCCGGUAGAGUUACGCUUUUGAAGUCGGUUAUCGAGGCCAUUCCCAUCUAUCCCAUGAUGACUACUCCCAUUCCGAAAGCUUGUUUGAAUGAAAUUCAGAAAAUCCAGCGGGCCUUUAUAUGGGGUGACGAAGAUGGAAGUCGCAAAUAUCAUGCUGUGAGUUGGGACACUGUUACCAAACCAAAAGCUCAUGGUGGUUUGGGUAUUCGGCGCUUAAUUAAUAUGAAUAAAGCUUGUUUAAUGAAAUUAGGUUGGGCUCUUCGAACUGGUCAACAAGCUCUGUGGAUUGAUGUUGUGAAAGGUAAAUAUGUGAGACAAAAUUCAAGUAUUGAAGAUCCCAUUGUGAGAGCGCAAGACUCUACUUUGUGGAAGAGUUUGUCUACUGCUUUACACAAUUUUCAUAUGUAUGAAUUUUGGACUAUUGGUGAUGGGGCUACUGUGAAUGCAUGGAGUGAUCAUUGGUUAUUAUAUGGGAGGCCAAUAAAAGAUCUUGGCAUUGUAAUACCUCACGAAUUGCAUGGUUGGAAGGUGAAGGACUUAGUGGAUAAUAAUGGGGUUUGGAAAGUAGAUGAUCUAAGUACAUGGCUGCCUCAAAAUAUAAUAAACAGAUUAUUUGCUAUUGUACCACCAAAAAAUGUUGCUGCUGCGGACAGGCUAGCUUGGAGAGGCACAACAGAUGGAAAAUUCAGUAUUGCUUCAGCAUAUACAAUGCUUUGUAAUUUUAAUGAUGACGAGUGGGAUGUUGUGUGGCGGCGGGUUUGGCGCCUGCAAGUUCCGGAGCGAGUUCGUAGCUUUAUAUGGUUGGUGAAACAUGAUCGUUUACUUACAAAUUAUCGCAAGAGUAAGAUGAAUGUUUGUACACCUUGGUGUAAGCACUGUGUGGAUAUAGUUGAAGAUACCAUGCAUGUUCUUCGAGACUGCCCUUUAGCCAAAGUAAUUUGGUGUAAUUUGAUGAAUGGCUUAGCAGGAGCUACUUUUUAUGCUGCUAAUUUGCAUGAUUGGAUAACUAUGAACCUGCAGCAAGAUCUUGGGAGAGUGAAGGCAGGUAUUUGGAGUUGUGUGUGGGCAGUCGGGUGUCAUUUUCUUUGGCUUUGGCGUAACAGAGAGGCUCAUGGAGAUGAGCGAGUGAGGCCGAGUCAACCGUGGCGGGUGAUCAUGAACUGGGUUCAUCAUUAUAAGCGAGCCAAUGUUUCGCAGAUAGCAUCGCAUAUAACAACUAAGGAGGUAGUACAAAUUGGGUGGAAUGGUCCGGAAGGAGAUUGGAUAAUGCUCAAUACCGAUGGUGCUAGUAGGUGCGGUAGCACUGCUGGAUGCGGGGGACUACUAAGAAACUCGGGUGGUCAAUGGCUCGGGGGUUUCUCACAUCAUUUGGGUCGGUGUAAUGCAUACAUUGCAGAGUUGUGGGGGGUCUUUGAUGGUCUCACGUUUGCAUAUGAUAGAGGUUUCAAAAAGAUUGCGCUGCAUAUCGACUCUAAUGUUGUGGUACACACUCUUCAAAGCGACAAGGAUGGAAGUGUUGUUGGAUGGAGAAUUAUUCAAGAAAUUAGACGGUUACUUGGUAUGGAUUGGGAAGUUAAGAUUUGUCACUCUUAUCGUGAAUCAAAUGCUUGUGUUGAUGCUCUUGCUAAUUUGGGGUGUGAUCAUGAGCCGGGGAUGCGUGUGUAUGAACAAUGUCCUAUGAGUCUGAGUUCAUUGUUGUUAGCUGAUGUUAUGGGGAUAACUACCCCUAGAGUCAUCUCUCUAUAG